GUCAUUGAAUUUUGACAGAACCGACAAACAAUUUUCUUAGAAUCAAAAACAAAUGCAAUCAUUUGUUUAUUUAUUUUUUCGUUAAAAAAAAGUAUUAAAGUUAAAUUAAUACAAAAAUGGACACAAGAAAACGAUUGUUAAUGGAAGCCUGUGUCGGUUACUUCAACAGCAUGAACUUGUGCUACAAACAAUACGACAAAGAAAUGCGGCAAAUGCGAAUGCGCUUCUACAACAGAUUGGAAACCAGAAUCCGGAACAACCUAAGAAUCCACCAAAUGAAUCUCAUGAACAUCAUCGAAAUAAUGUACUUAAAAGAAAUAGAAAAACCAAAUAAGAAGAAAAAGAAACGAAUAAGAACAUUGUGGAUGAAGAAACGAAGUGCCGACUGGUGGAAUGCGAUAUGCUUUAGCAGUGACGAUGCUCUUUGGAGGGGGCACAUCCGAAUGGACGAAGAGACAUUCUUAUACCUGUGUGAGACUUUUGAAGAUGAAUUCAGACCAAAGCCAAAUGCUGUGCGCGAAUCUUUGCCAACUAAAACUAAAGUCGCAGCUGCCUUAUACAAACUCGCAACGAAUGAACCAUAUUCUAAAAUCGGAAAGAAGUUUGGUAUCCAUGGAAUCAGUGUGCAGAAAGCCCUCUAUCAGUUCUGUGAAGCUUGCAACAAGAUUCUGAAGAACGAAUAUAUUAGCAUGCCAGUAGAUGAAGAGGUUUACGAUAUAAUGCAGCAGUUUGAAGACAAACUUGCAUUGCCUCAAAUGCUCGGCAUUAUGGAAGGAACUCAAAUUAACCUUUCCCUCAAAGCGAAUGGCAUGAGGAGGCACAUACUACAAAACGGGGCAAGAAAUAUGGUCCUGCAAAGUAUUAUCGAUCCAAAUUGCUUGUUCAGGGAUAUUGCCUUCUUACAAAACUCUCAAGAUUUCGUGGACUAUAAUGCCCGCAUUAAAAACGUUAUGUUAGUAAUGCCACAAAAAGAUAUCCAUGGAAUUCCUGUCCCGGCAUAUCUAGUUAGUCGUCGACCCGAUGCAACACAAUGGUGGCUAAUGAAACCAUUUUCAGAGGUUAGCACACCCGAGCAGGAAUUGUUCAAUGAUUUUAUGAGUAAAUCUAGUGUAGUUGCGGAACAGACAUAUAGGAAACUAAAAGGACGAUGGAAGAUCUUGCAAGACCCCAUGAACAUCAGUGUCAGUUUCAUUACAACACUCAUAACCACUUGUUGUAUUUUGCAUAAUAUCUUAGAAAUGAAGGGUCUGGAUUACGAUUAUUCUUUGAGUGAUUCACUCGAGUAUGAAGAAGUAUUGUAUUGUGGACCGAUGGAUGAGAGCGAAGAGUCUUGCCCGACGGGCGACGCAAUCCGAGAUCAUUUAACAAGUUAUAUAUGCGCACAGUUUACAUGAAGUUAAAGUAUCUAUUAUUUAUUAUUUUCAUGUUAUGUUUUCGUAUUAUUUUCGAAUACAAAAUCUUUUUCGAUUUUAUUGAAAUCAA